AUGGCUACGGAUAAGGGACUCGAGGACGUCCCUGAGGGACAGAUCGAGUCUAACUACGAUGAGACCGUCGAUUCUUUCGAUGAGAUGAACCUGAAGUCGGAGCUCCUCCGAGGAAUCUACGCUUAUGGCUUCGAGCGCCCGUCUGCUAUCCAGCAGCGCGCUAUCAUGCCUGUCAUCAAGGGUCACGACGUUAUCGCUCAGGCCCAGUCCGGUACUGGCAAGACUGCCACCUUCUCCAUUUCGGUCCUUCAGAAGAUCGACCCCAACAUCAAGCAGUGCCAGGCUCUCAUUCUCGCCCCCACUCGCGAGCUUGCUCAGCAGAUCCAGAAGGUCGUCGUCGCUAUUGGCGAUUUCAUGAACAUUGAGUGCCACGCCUGCAUUGGCGGCACCAGUGUCCGUGACGACAUGAAGGCUCUCCAGGAUGGCCCCCAAGUCGUUGUUGGAACGCCCGGCCGUGUCCAGGACAUGAUCCAGCGCCGUUUCCUCAAGACCGACUCGAUGAAGAUGUUCGUCCUCGACGAGGCCGAUGAAAUGCUUUCGCGCGGUUUCACCGAGCAAAUCUACGACAUCUUCCAGCUUCUUCCCCAGUCGACCCAGGUCGUCCUGCUCUCGGCCACCAUGCCCCAGGACGUGCUCGAGGUUACGACCAAGUUCAUGCGCGACCCUGUCCGCAUCCUGGUCAAGAAGGACGAGCUUACCCUCGAGGGUAUCAAGCAGUUCUACAUUGCCGUCGAGAAGGAGGAGUGGAAGCUCGACACGCUGUCGGAUCUCUACGAGACCGUCACCAUCACGCAGGCCGUUAUCUUCUGCAACACUCGCCGCAAGGUUGACUGGCUCACUGACAAGCUCACUGCCCGUGACUUCACCGUCUCGGCCAUGCACGGCGACAUGGACCAGUCGCAGCGCGACCUGAUUAUGAAGGAGUUCCGGUCGGGCUCUUCACGUGUCCUGAUCGCCACCGAUCUCCUUGCCCGUGGUAUUGAUGUCCAGCAGGUUUCCCUAGUCAUCAACUACGAUCUCCCCGCCAACCGCGAGAACUACAUUCAUCGCAUUGGUCGCGGUGGUCGUUUCGGCCGUAAGGGCGUUGCGAUCAACUUUGUCACGGCCGACGACGUGCGCAUGAUGCGCGAAAUUGAACAGUUCUACAGCACCCAGAUUGAGGAAAUGCCCAUGAAUGUGGCCGACCUAAUCUAG